CAGGAAUCCUCACAACUUGAUCAAGAAGAUACGGAAUUUUUGAAUCUUGAUGAAGACGCUAAGCAAGAGAUUAAAGCUAUAAUGAUUGAAAAACAUCCUUUAAAGUACGCUGGGCUGGAAUGGAAGCAGAUUUUCCCUUUCCUCCAGUGGUGAACUUGUCUAGAAGGGAGUGAGAAGAUCAUACCAGAGGAGAAAACUAAAUUUGUAGAGAAGACUUUUGUCAAAAGUGACGAUACUCUUUCUUAUAGGUCAAAUGAGAGAAUUGUUGCAGCUAAGAAUAAGUCAAAGAUGGGAUUUUUAAGUCUUGGAUAUGGAUUUGUAGCGUAUUUUUCAUUUAUGGAAUUCAUGAUUAUUCUAUUCUCAAUCAUGACUUUGUUAUCUCUACCUUCUCUUUAUUAUUUUAUUACUUUUCGAAAGACUCCGAAUACACAAGCAGGUUUGCUAGAUAAAUUCAGUCUCGCUAAUUUAGGAUAUUCCUCAACUCUUUGAGAUGCAAAUCAUCUUGAAAUAAAGAAACUACACAUGAGCUGAGAGACUGGAGAAAUGCAGGAAUUAGUUUCUUUCGGCAUAAUCCCUCCUAUGUCCGAAAUUCAAGAUGCUUGAUAUGAGACUGAAGAUACUCUGAAUUGAAAUAGAGUGAUCCAGUUAGAUAAAAUUACAUCCCACAUCUUUGAAAAUUGAAUAGGAAAUCGAAGUUGAUCCAUAAAUUUUGGAGAUUAUUUGCUCAAAGACAUAGAUCCAAAUUCAACUUGCCUUAAUGUAAACGCUAGGUUUUACACUCAGAUGUUAUGAAAAGUAACAGAUUCUGAACUAGAAGAGAGGAAGAAUAUCCAAUUAAUGCUUGUCUGGACGAUAAUCCUGUCUGCCCUGAUCUACUUCAUAGCAAUAGAAUGGUAUGGGAAAUACUCAGAGAAAUUUGAGGAUUAUGACAAAUCAACAACGACUACAUCUGAUUUCACAGUGGAGUUUAAAUUCGAUAGCUCUAUGUAUAAGCAGUUUGAGGAUAUUAUCUACCCGAUGGUCGUUGAAAGGAGGAAAAAAUAACAAAGCUGCUUCUCUUCCAUGAAUAGUGGUUUUCAGAGAAUACAUUUCUAAUUAUUUAGAAAUUGUUCUGGAAAAAUACAACCAUGAAUCUUUUAACACUAGUAGAGAUUCUGAGCUCUUUGAGAAUAAUCAGGGUACUUCAAGAAUAAACAAGUCUGACUUACAAACACAGAGUAAUGCAUUGGAAAGCCCAGAAGCUAAAGUGAAGACCACUUGGCAAAGUCUCUUCAUGGACUAUGCUUUUAGGCUGUCUCAAAUGGAAGAGAAUAAGUCUGCUGAAGAAUUUGGACAGAUUCCUGGAGAAAAGUUCCAUAUCGCUGACAUUAACUUCACAUUUAAAAAUAGAAGAUUGAUGGAUUUGCUACUUGAAAGAGGAGUUGCCCUAGAAUGCAAAGAUCAUGAAACUCAAGUUGCCAUUGAAAAGGACAUAGAUAAAGUUGUCAGUGAAAAAUACGAAGAGCUGACCACGCCUACAUCAAUGUUUGUCACUUUUGAAACAGAAUGAGGGUAUCUAGCUGCUAUAAAAAUGAAAGAGUUCAAUUUAGAUGGGUCUGAAAUCCCCGCUCCAGAACUAAACCUUCAGAGAUGAUGAACUGCUUAUGAUGGGACCAGAUAUUUUAAAGACUAUGACCUGAGUUGAUCUCCUGCGAAAGAACCGAGCUUCAUUCUCUGGGAAUGAUAUGGAGUAAGAGGCAAUGAGAAGUGUUGUAAAUUUACAUUAGUAAUCACUGCUAUCAUGUCAAUUGUUCUUGCAGCCUUCGUGUUUUUCUUUUACACACAGAAGAUCAUUUAUGACUAUAUGAACGUGUAUCCUUAUGUAGACUGAGAAGCUGUAGAGCAGACUUAUGACCAUAAUUUGAUACACUAUGGGGUACAGGAGUAUCAUUACCUGACUAAUUUUUAUAACACUAAUAAUUUGACUUCAAGUAUGGGGAUUCUGAACUGUCUCUGCCAGAACUAUUCAGAUACUCACGGAAUGAUAAGCACAUUUGGAGCAGAGAUGUACUUGCUUCAGAAAGGUCAAAUAAUGGGCGGUAAGGUUUGAUAUCACUGGUCUCAAGGCAAAUCCCUCAUCUUUGUACUUGACUUAGUAAUUGCAGCUGUUAUAGCAAUCACAGAUUUUGUACUGAGGGUAAUAAUAAUCUUCCUAGUAGAGUGGGUUGAUUUUAAGUCACUAACACAUCGACUGGUUAUUGUGCAAUCUCUUCUCUUCUUCUCACAGUAUUUAAAUAGUGGCUUAUCUUUGAUGCUGAUAAGCUUUAAUAUUGAUGAGAUGGUGCAAAGGCAUGUUCCAUAUUUGGAUGGAGACUACCCGGAUUUUACUCAAAGAUGGUUCUUUGAGGUUUCAUCUUCAUUUAUCACUCCAAUGGCGGCCAAUGUAGCUAUUCCAGUCUUGGAAUUUGUUGCAACUUAUUUGCUUUAUUACUUAUUUUGUUGGCAUGAUAGGUUCUUUACCUGUGAUAGAACCAAAACUAGAUCUAAAACUUUGACACAAUAUAUCAGAUGACAUAUGGGACCGGAGAAUGAGAUAUUUGAUAGAUACGCUUUCAUGCUAAUGAUGAUUUAUAUCAACAUUACGUUUGGAGUUGGUCUUCCCCUUUUAUUUCCAAUGACCCUGAUUGCACUCAUUUGCCACUAUGUAUUUGAAAAACUAUUUCAGGUUCAUUGGUACUCAAAAUCAGUGAUGAUGGGAGACUUCUUAAACAAAGAUGCUUUAGUAGUAAUGAAAUGGGCUAUUCAUCUUUACACUUUCUUCGGUUACUGGUUUAUUACCAAUAGGCAAAUCUUCUACAACGAUGUGACUCCAACAAUGAGGAGGAGUGAUCGUGAGAUCACAAACCAUACAUUCUACAACAUUCCAAUGGACCAGACAUUACCCUUACUAAUAUUCAUGUUCUCUCUCUUCAGCAUUAUGAUAAUAAAAUCGUUCUAUUCCAUCUUCAAAUACUACUGAAUGCCUUAUUCCUUUUUAAAACGAUUUCUUUCUAAAGAAGGACUGUUUACAUACUACGAUAGCUUAAGCUUAACCGAUGCAAAGACUCUAUUUGAAGAAGAGAAGUACAGACGGGAAGACCUGGGUUAUUCGAAACUUAAGAAUAGAGCAUUUCUGAGCUUGAAAAAGUCUAUAUCCUCUAGAAAAGCCUAUGAGAGAAAUCUUACAGCUGAGCGAAGGAAGGAACUUAUCAGAAAGACGAUCAUUAAUGUUCCCAGUUAUGACCAAUUGUCUAAUCUAAAGUAUCAAGAGGAUUAUCACUACAUUCCUGUACAUUUGAGAAGGAAAAACUUGGAGACAAAACGACUGAUUCCUGAUUUGGAUUAUACUAGAAAGAUGGUAGAUCUAGCUUAUUGGUAUGAACUAGAGAACAUACAGACAUAGGUAUUAAGAUAAGAUUGACUAUGCUUCAUUAAAAUAUUCA